GUUUCCACAUGCAUGUUUUCUUACUCUAUUUAUAGACAGCAGAGUAUAAUGGAGAAACGCCAUACAUGAAAAUGGAGUUUCGUUUCGUCCUCUUCCUUGCAGCACUGAUUUCAUUUUUAGCUUACUUUGAAGGAUCAACCGCGCUAAAUCGGAGUAGCUUUCCUGAUGGUUUUAUCUUCGGAGCAGGAUCGAGUGCUUACCAGUAUGAAGGGGCAACAAGGGCAGAUGGGAGGCAACCAAGCAUAUGGGAUAUUUUUGUGAAGUUAUAUCCAGGUAUCUCUCAACAUAGCUAAAUCUCUUAGUUGUCUUAAAUAGAUGCUGACGUUUCGGGAUAAAAAAAAUGAUGUUUGCAUUUGUGAGGAAGAAGAGAGUGGCACUCAAUAUAUCAACAUCUGCUUUGUGUAUUGGUACAUAUUUUAUCAUUCUUAACUUUUAAUAAUAAUUCCUAUUUUUGUACGAAAGAAAUAAAAACAUCUGUUUUGU